AGUGUAAACAAAAUCUUGAAGAUCCCAUGUGAUAUGGUGGUAAUGUCCCUUCAACUGAGCCAGCAGGUCUGAGUUCAUUUCCCAUCUGCUCCAAACAUGUGUAAUAAUAUCUUUCAAAAGGAUAAUUGAAAAAUACCGAGACAAAACCUGUUAACAUUAUGAAGGUUCUCUGUGCAAAGAAAUUUGACCUUAAACUGUUUUCUAUUGUUAUUUUGUUCAGUAAAGUGGUUUUACGCCGUACAAGUUCAGUGGAUAAGACUGGGGAGAUAGUCUGGUAUUUAGCCCUCUGUCUGCUUCUGGCCUGGCUAAUAGUUGGGGCAGCGUUAUCAAAAGGAAUCAAAUCUUCAGGAAAGGUGGUUUAUUUCACUGCGACAUUACCUUAUGUGAUUCUGACCGUACUCCUGAUCCGAGGGCUUACCCUGGAGGGAGCCUCUAAAGGAAUUGAAUUCUACAUUGGAAUCCAAUCAGACUUCUCCAAACUGGCAGAGGGUCAUGUCUGGAAAGAUGCUGCAAUACAAAUUUUCUUUUCUUUGUCAGUGGGUUCUGGUACUUUAAUAGCACUGUCAUCCUACAACAAAUUCCACAACAAUUGUUACCAAGACGCCAUUGUUGUCUGUGUUGUUAAUUGUGGUACAAGUGUAUUUGCUGGAUUUGUCAUCUUCUCUAUCCUUGGACAUUUGGCUCAUAUUCAAGGGAAGCCUGUUUCUGAGGUUGCCCAGUCAGCAGCAGGAAGAGAACCUGGAACAGAUAGAAGAAAAGCAACUUCCAAAUCCACCGUCAAGACCAAAAGCAACUGCUACUAAAAAAAUUAAAACAAGAUUCCUGGUUCUGUGGAAGCUUGAACCUACCCAUUCAAGCUGCCUCAACUUUGAAAAAAAAAUCCACGACCUCACAAGCUGUUAACUUUAUUGGCUUUGAGCAGACUGCUUGACGUCUCUGUCUCAACCUUUCUUCAUGGAAAAAAAAGUCAAAAUACAUCUCUUAAAGCUAUAAGAUCGUCACAACCUCACCCUUUAACAGAAUGAACCAUCAAUUAUGAAGAUGGCUUCACUUUUUAAAAACCUUUUAGCCUUCUGCAAUUAGUACACCACAAAGUGUAUAUGUUGCAUUGACUCUAAGAAUGCAAUUAUGCACCAGUACAGUCCAUCUCAUUCUGUUUCCCUGCCACUGAAUCCUCCAUCUUUCUUCAUCAAAGUCCUGACAAUACAUUGGCAAUUGCAUUCUCUCGUCCUGCCAUGUGUACAAUUUUCAACUUGAAUGGCUGCAAUUAGCUCUAUCUAAAUAGUCUGGUAUUUUUGUCCUUAAUUUUUUCCAAAAAAUGUAAUGGUAUAUACAGUUGUCUCAGAUUACUGGCGAUAUAAAUGUUGAAAUGUUGCAACGCCAACACCAGACUCGAGGUCUUCUUCUCAAUUGUGGAAUGUUUCUGAUAAUUAUUCAAUUUUCUGGAAGAAAAAAACCCAAUACGUGUUUCCAUCUUCUUCUCGUUGUCUUGCAAGAGUACAGAACUGACACUCUCAUCACUCACAUUGAAAGCCAUUUUGAAUAGCUUUGUAUAAUUAGAUGUGCCUAACAUUGGGGCAGUGGUCAAUACAGCUUUCAGGCUGUCAAAUGCCUUCUGACAUUCCUCUGUCUGCUGAAAUGUUCUGCAUUUCUUGUUUCCUGCAUUUCAAGUUGCUUGUUCCACCUUCUCAAUACAGUCUUCCAAAUGUGGAAUAGGAUAUGAGUCACAUUUUGUAACUGCAUUGACUUUGUGGUAGUCUAUACAUAGUCGAAGGUACCAUCUGGUUUUGGCACCAUUAUUAUGGUGACCUCCAUUCUCAGCAACUCAUUUCGAUUAUAUUACCUUUGAUCAUGCAUUCGGGCUCUUUUUGCACCUGUUCCAACUUUAGAGGAUCAAGUAUAUAAGGAUAUUGCUAACUGAAAUAGCAUUUCCUAUAUCUACGUCAUACCUAAUCAGAUUAGUACUUCCCAGCUUAUUCCAACAUGUGAUUGUAAUAACUCUUUCGAUUUUCCUCUGGCAGAUAAUUCAAUAAUUCAUAU